AUGGAGACCUCAAAACCUCCAAGCGAAGUAGGAUCGGAGCCUUCUGGCAUCAAGGUGAUCGUUGUCGGGGCGGGUUUCGGUGGUCUAACCGCUGCAAUUGAAUGCCAUCGACAAGGGCAUGAUGUGGAAAUAUAUGAGUCAUUUCCUGAACUUAAAUCACUUGGCGACAUCAUCUCUUUCGGACCUAAUGCUGGUCGCAUAUUCCGCCGUUGGUCAAAUGGAAAGAUUGCGGAUCGUUUGAAGCCCCUCAGUAUUGACCUAGAAGGUCAUGGCUUUAAGAUCCACAAAUGGACCGGCGAGCUGGUUCAUACACAGAAAGCACAUAACCCGGACCCAGAUGCACCGGUUUUCAACGGUCAUCGUGGUGAGCUGCACACGGUGGUUUUCAAUUAUGCCAAGGACGAGCUCGGUAUUCCAAUCCAUCUCGGCCAGAGAGUUCUGGAAUAUUUUGAGGAUGAGAAUCAAGCAGGUAUAGUUCUGGAAAGUGGAAUAAAGGUCAUCGGCGAUAUGGUUAUCGGUGCAGAUGGUGUGCGCUCCAAAGCACGCGAGUUGGUAUUGGGCUAUGUUGAUAAGCCCAAGUCAAGUGGAUACGCCGUUUUCAGAGCAUGGUUCUCUAAUGAAGAUAUGAUUCGGGAUCCACGAACGAAGCAUUUUUGCGAGAACGGAGACACAUUCAAUGGUUGGAUUGGCCCGGAUGUACACUUUUUGUUUUCCACUAUCAAGAAUGGACAAGACUGUUGUUGGGUUUUAACGCACAAAGAUGACGCCGACAUUGAAGAGUCAUGGUCUUUCCCAGGCAAGCUAGAGGAUGUAUACAAAGUUAUUGAAGGAUGGGACCCGAUUUGCAAGGCAAUUGUUGAGAAGACUCCUUCGAUAGUUGACUGGAAGCUUGUUUAUCGCGAUCCACUACCACGUUGGGUGAGUGAACACGGACGCAUUGCGUUGCUUGGAGACUCCGCACAUCCGUUCCUCCCAACCUCAGCGCAAGGAGCAACGCAAGCAAUGGAAGAUGGAGUAGUCCUGGCCGUAUGUCUGAAGCGCGGUGGAAAAAAUGGUGUGCCAGCUUCCGUUAGAGCGUAUCAGGAUAUUCGGUAUGAACGAGUCUGUGCUGUCCAGAAGACAGGCGAGACUACCCGCGACCUGUGGCAUAAGGCAGACUGGGAAAAGGUGGCAAAGGAUCCUGCGUCAAUCCAGAUGCCUCGUGAGGAUUGGAUUUUCCGAUUUGAUGCGGAAAGAAAUGCGGAAGAGGUUUUUUCUAAGGUUGUUGAGGUGAACUGA